UAUAAUAACGCGAAAGCUAAAAAAAGCCAUCUCUAGUCCCUACAAAAAUUUCAGCUUCCUCCAACCAUCAACGAUUCACCGUAAUCACAACCAAUGGCCAUCGCCCCAUCAUCAUAAAUUUGGAAAUCGCUCACCUAGCUAGACCUAGUGGAAGUGGACUGCAAUUGAGGAAAGGAUUUUCUUUCCUCUGCAUCAGCGACUACCGUACGACGACCCACACACCGUUAACUGUGAACCUUCAACGUCUACACCCAUAACACACCCAUAAACCGAACAAACCUUAAUUUCUGAGCUCUCCCAAAUUCUUAUGUUAAUUUUAAUAUAUAUAUAUAUAUAUUUUUGUAAAUGCUCAAAUUAUUCUCUUCCCGUAUUGUUAUCCCUUAAUCUUUUCUAAAUUCACCUCUGUAUCCUCCAUUGGCGUUUUUGGUUAUCAAUUUCGUAGAUUUCUCACUUCUUCAGUGGAUCAGGAUUCGAUUUUGGUCAUUUUGAGGUUCUAACUGCUGUGGUCAUAUUGUAGGAUGGUUUAAAGAAUUAUUGGAAGGUUAUAUAUAUAUAACUAUGGGCAGCAGUGAGAUGGAUAAACCAGCGAAGGAGAAAGAGGCAAAGGCCCUGGCUAGCGCCAGUGCGCAGGAGCUGACUUCAACUACCAGCACUGGAACUGUAAAUCCUGAUUGGACAGGAUUUCAGGCAUAUUCUCCUAUACCUCCACAUGGGUUCUUGGCAUCAAGCCCCCAAGCUCACCCAUAUAUGUGGGGGGUUCAGCAUAUCAUGCCCCCAUAUGGUACCCCACCACAUCCAUAUGUUGCCAUGUAUCCCCAUGGUGGCAUAUAUGCUCAUCCAUCCAUUCCUCCGGGAUCUUAUCCAUUUAGUCCUUUUGCAAUGCCUUCCCCAAAUGGUAUCGCUGAGGCAUCUGGAUAUACACCUGGCAGCACAGAAGCAGAUGGCAAGCCUUCUGAAGUGAAGGAAAAAUUGCCCAUUAAAAGGUCCAAAGGAAGUUUGGGCAGUUUAAACAUGAUUACAGGGAAGAAUAAUGAGCUCGGUAAAACAUGUGGAGCAUCUGCUAAUGGAGUUUAUUCUAAAAGUGCUGAGAGCGCAAGCGAAGGCACAAGUGAAGGAAGCGAUGCAAAUUCUCAGAACGACUCGCAAAUGAAGUCAGGUGGAAGGCAAGAUUCUCAAGAAGCUGAUGCAUCUCAGAAUGGUGGUUCUGUGCAUGGUCCUCAGAAUGUAGGACAGAGUACGCCUAAUACAAUCAUGAACCAGACUAUGCCUGUCAUGCCAAUACCUGCUACAGGUGCCCCAGGAGUGCUACCUGGACCCACAACCAACUUAAAUAUUGGAAUGGACUACUGGGGAGCCCCAGCUUCAUCUACUAUCCCUGCAAUCCGUGGGAAGGUUCCAGCUACUCCAGUAGCUGGAGGAAUUGUUACUACUGGAUCUCGGGAUACUGUUCAAUCACAGAUUUGGUUACAGGAUGAAAGAGAGCUGAAGAGACAGAGGAGAAAACAGUCAAACAGAGAAUCAGCUCGCCGUUCUAGAUUGCGCAAACAGGCUGAAUGUGAUGAGCUGGCCCAGCGUGCUGAAGCCCUAAAAGAAGAAAAUUCCAAUCUGAGAUCAGAAGUAAACCGGAUCAAGGGCGAGUAUGAGCAACUUCUUGCAGAAAAUGCAUCUCUCAAGGAGAGGCUUGGGGAAUUUCCUGGGCACGAAGAAUUUAGGGCUGGCAGGAAUGACCAACAUUUGGGCAAUGAUACACAAAAGACUGGACAAACAGACCAUGCGUAGUGUGGUCACUCCCCGUUUAAAAAAGCCGCUUUUCAGGAGCUUACCCUAACCAAUUAGUAACAGGAGUCAUUUUGCAUAGCAUGUAGUUUACAUUUAUCGAAGCUGACCUUUACAAUUUUAGGAUUUGUUCCUCUCAUAUCUUCCUAAAUUUCAUAUUGGGUCCACUUUCAACAAUCGGAGAACUAGGAUGGUAUGUAAGUGAAAUUUGUGUCAUACCCCGUUUCAAGAGGGUUGUAUUUACGCUGAUAACUUUUUGUUCCCUUUUUAUUUUACUUUGUUAUCCUUGUAA